AUGCCAGUGGAGGUGAUGGCUGAAAGUUCUUUUAGUUUCAAAAAGUUGCUGGAUCAGUGGGAGAACCAGGACCUCGAGGCUCCGAGAGGAAUUGUUACACCCGCAGUGUAUAGUCAGUUUCUAGCUUUACAUCUGCUUUAUAAUGACAUGAAUAAUGCAAGAUAUCUUUGGAAAAGAAUACUACCUGCUAUAAAAUCUGCAAAUUCUGAACUUGGGGGAAUUUGGUCGGUAGGACAAAGAAUCUGGCCGAGAGAUGUCCCCGGGACCUAUACCACCAACAGCGCUCACCCGUGGUCUGAGACGGUCCAGCCAAUCAUGGAGGCACUUAAAGAUGCCACCCGGAGGCGAGCCUUCACCCUGGUCUCUCAAGCAUAUACCUCCAUCAUCGUCGAUGAUUUCACAGCCUUUGUUGGACUUCCCGUGGAAGAGGCUGUGAAAGGUAUCCUAGAACAAGGAUGGCAGGCCGACUCCACCACAAGAAUGGUCAUGCCCAAAAAGCCAGUUGCAGGGACCCUGGAUGUUUCCUUUAACAGGUUUAUUCCCUUAUCAGAGCCUGCCCCCGUUCCACCCAACCCCAUUGAACAGCAGUUAGCCAGGCUCACCGAUUACGUGGCUUUCCUCGAAAACUGACUUAUCAUUCUGAGUUCAAGAUCUACCUUCAGAAUCCUGAAUACUGACAGAAAAAUGUAAAAUUUUUAUUUUCAAUUUUAUUGGAUGAAUUAAGCACCUCAGCAUUCCUUACUGAGUAUGUGAUAAAAUACGUAUGUAAUAUAAAGU